AUGAACUCUUUAGCGAGACUUUCGCGUAGGAAAUUGUACCAGGAGCUGAUGGUAAGAUUGCAAUCGACAACCUCAACGUCAGUUUUAUCUUCAUCAGAUAUUCAUAUUCCAAACAAAAUAGAACGUGGUCCGACAGACAUCCUCAAGGCUUUGGAAAGCACAAUAUCCAGAGAUUAUACGGCACCACAUUAUAAAUUUCACGAUGACCCUUACUUGACACCACAGUCAAAUCUACAAAAUCGCUCUUAUGCUCUGGCAAAAGAGUCUGGAAGGAAAGCUGCAAUAUGGAUUCGUCAGGAACACCGUGAUUUAUUUCAACAUAAAGUAGCAGAGCCUGAAAUAAAGGCAUUUGUACCACCUCCUAUUUAUACAGAGGAAAGCAAAGUGACAGAGGAAACACUGUUAUAUGAGAUAUCGAAUGGUCACGUUUCCAACUCUAUCACAAUAUACGAUUUAUUAAAAGGCGAGAUAACAACACCAACGAAACAGGCACUUUUGGAAUUAUUGUGUUUUUACAAUAAUAGUGAACAAACCAGCGACGAAUUGUUGGAGACUCGUUGGUACAGAUUUAACCAGAAACACAAGAAGAAUCUCUGGAUAAGUCGCCCACAGAUCGAUGUCUUAUUUGCAUUUUUGAAGGAACAAGAACCCGUAGUGGCAGCCGCUGCAUAUACUUCGAUGAUAUGCGGUUUGGCUAAACAUUACAAUCUGGACAAAGCUUGGUUUUUAUAUAAUGAAAGUCAGGAAAAAAAUAUAGUGUUGUCUAUCGAUGGAUAUAAUGCUAUGAUGUCACUAAUAUCAAUGCUGAAACAAGUAGAGGAUAAAUUAAAACCAUCGGUAAAUGAUAUAUACAGAGCAAUGGCUGCGAACGGGAUCACUCCAAACAUACAUACCUUUAAUGCCGCUCUCAGAGUAGCGACUGUUAUAAGAACCAAUCAUGUAGCUUUAGAUUUUACACGCAACAUACUCGCCGAUAUCGCGAAAUUCAACCUAAAACCGUCAUUAACUACAUAUUAUUAUCUGCUGCUAAUUUUAAAAAGAUUUGGUGAUGGAUCAUACACCAGCUUUCUGAAAAUCUUGAACUCCGUGAAAGAAGAGACCUUUACUAUCCAAAGUGAAACAGAUUUUGGUUUUUUUCUUACCGCGAUGGAAAUGGCGUCUCAGCAGUUCUGUAAUCGUCAAGCAGGUGAAAUGGUGAACGAGCUUCUUCUUGCCAAUGAAAACUAUAAAUUCAUCGGCGACAAUUUUAGAGAAUAUACCUAUUACCGGCUGUAUUUGGAGUUAAUUUUGGCAACAGAAGAAUUUGAGAUGUUCUUCAAGCUCUACAGCAAGCUUGUACCUCAUGUGAUUAUACCGGAACCUGCUGUAAUGAAUGCUAUAUUGGAGGCUCUUAAAUUACAUCCCGCGCAAACCUCUACGCAAUAUAUACCAAAACUCUGGUCGCACAUGGUCAUGUUCGGUCAUUUGGACAGGGAAGAGUUAUUGGAGAACAUAUUGCACUUGAUGAGCGUACAUUGUAAACCCGCGCCCGAUUCUCCGUUGAAUGCGCAAUUCGCGGGGAUGGCGGUCGCCAUGUGGGAUCACAUACAAACUCAGAAUACUAAAAGAAUACAACACUAUUUGGUACCUAACACGGUGAUGGGCAACAUCAUAGUACUGUUGCUACGUGGAAAUAAUUUUGACAAAGCUGUAGAAAUUAUUUCGUCAUUAGUUCGUUCGCCGCACUUGAUCAAAAAUAACCAAACCAUUACAACAGAACAUAUAAAGGAAAUAUUUGAACUGUGUUUAACACAAGGACACGUGCCAGCGAUUUUCACAAUCCUGGAAUAUGUCACUUUCCAUAAUCUAGAGGGAGCUACUGAAAUGGCUAGAAAGUUACAAAACACCAUAUCCCUUACUUCUACUCAGGAAAAUAUAUUAAUUAGUUUAGUGGGUAACGACGUUCUUCAAUUACAAAUCUCUAAUGAGAAUUAGUUGUUCGAAAUAUAAAGUAUGUAUUAUAAAAUAUAGAAAAUAUAGAAGUCUUUUUAAAAACAUUUAAA